AUGGCCAUGGAGAACGCCGAUCGCUCCCCCUCCCACGUCCAUUCGGACUCCGUCAACACUGGGUCCCACGAUACCGACUCAAUGGUCACCGUGCCAUUGACCUCCAAUUCGGAACACACCCAACCCGACUGGCGCUCUCUCAACAUCCCUCAAACCCCUGUCGACGUGACAUCUCCAACCCGGGAGCACGUAAGUGAUGGUGAGGAGGACUCCAGGACAACCCCGACGCAGGAACCAGCAAGGACGGACCUAGAUCAAUGCUCCAAUAAUGGCGAUGCUAGCUCGAUACGGUCCCGCAGUAGCGAGGAGCGGGACAGAAGCGAUGCAGUGGAUUGGGAGGAGCUGGAAAAGACAGAAGAGCAGGAACCCCGUUGUGAAGGAUCGGAUGAGUCGACUGCUCUUCUCUUAGCGCGUUUGGAGCAGGAGAACAAUGCUCUUGCGACGAACCCCAAGUCUGCUCUGGCAAGCAAGUCGCAUGCGCAGCGAGUCACCCGACCGUCUCGUGCGCAGUCCUUGCACCAGAUCAAGCGACUGAUUGACGAGGACCCCCGAUCAUCAUUACGCUACUCCCAGCUGCCUCCUCCGCCAAUGACCGAACUCGAAUUCUGGGCAGCGCUGGUCGCAGAUUAUCCCCAAACGGCCCAGAGACUACCUACACUCACCUCGAACAAAAUCCGGAGCGGUGUUCCGCCACCACUGCGUGGUGUGGUGUGGCCCAGCUUGGCGGGCGCCCGGGAUAACACAUUGUUGACGGAAUACCAGCGAUUGUGCGGCGAGACGAGUCCAUAUGAAGGGCUAAUUGGGAAAGAUAUUGGCCGUAGCUUUCCCAAUGUGGAGAUGUUCCGGGAUCCCAAUGGUGAGGGGCAGCAGAUGCUCGCACGAGUGCUGAAAUGCUUCAGUCUGUACGAUACCAAGAUCGGCUACUGCCAGGGACUGGGCUUUGUCGUUGGUCCCUUGCUGAUGCACAUGACGGAUGCAGAAGCGUUCUGCGUACUCGUUAGGCUGAUGGACCAUUACGACUUGCGGACAUGCUACCUUCCUGAUCUCUCCGGUCUUCAUCUUCGCGUCUAUCAAUUCCAGAACCUGCUGGCUCGCCUGCGACCUGGCUUGUUCGCACACCUUGAGAUGCUACAUGUUGAGCCGGUCUACGUAUCGCAAUGGUUCUUGUCCUUCUUCGCUGUCGCAUGCCCGCUGCCCAUGCUUCUACGUAUCUACGACGUUAUCUUCCUGGAGGGUGCCUGUGAAACAUUGAUGCGGGUUGCUCUCUCCCUGAUGACGCGAAACGAGAAGAAAAUAAUGGCAUGCGCAGAAUUCGAAGAUGUUAUGCAACUGUUGCUUUCGAGGAGUUUGUGGGAUACGUAUGCCUGCCACGCGGACGACUUCGUGAACGACUUUGUUUCUCUCACGUCGCUUGUGACAAAGGAAAGCCUCCAGGCGCUGGAAGCUAGCUAUAACCAGUCACAAGGAGUUCCAACCGGCAUUUCGUUCCCUCAGAUGCAGGCAGCAGCUUCUCGAUUCCUCGGGCGACUCUGGGCGGGGUCUAACUCACACAACUCCGUCAAGUCCAUCAGUCUCAACCCCAACAGUGCAAGUGCGUCUAACCUGUCCAGCAUCCGACGAUCCACGUCCAAACAGAGCAUGACAUCAACCCUCAAUUCUGUGGAGUCCGCCUCCGAUGCCAGCACCGCACCGACGGAACUGUCGACAGACGUACAAAAGCCACGUGCAAAAUCAGCUAUAUCCCAGCACAAAGACCGCGACCUCCACACACAAAUCGAGGAUCUCCUCAUGGCUCUCAGCGACCUUCAACGCCAACAUGCCGACCUCACGCGAGAACUGCAGCAAGAACGGGAGGAGCGCGAGGAAGACCAAGCUCUUGCCAAGUCAAUGCUGCAAUACAUCAAAGAGACUUCCAAUGAGCCACCCAUGGACCUAAUUCACAAAGCCGACGCGAGAUUCGCCAUGAUUGAAACGCACAGGGUCGUUUCAACCGACCAAACCAAGCACCAACUGCGCGACGACCUCAACCGGUACAAGGAGAUGCAUGAACUAGAAUCAAACCGAUGCAAGAGCCUGACGCGCCGUAUUGAUGAGCACGAGAAAGAAAAUGCAUCCCUUCGAGAACAACUCCGCGAAGCACGCGGCCGUAUCCAAGACAGCUACCGUGAGCGCCAGCGGCUAGAGCGAAUGGUCCGGGAGCUACGCACGGUCAAAACCAAGACCAGGAACUCCGACUCGACGCCGUCCGAAACCUACGGCUCCCCAACCAGCGACACCAGCGAAGGCUACACCAGCACCGGUCUCCGGGAAUUGAAACUCGUCCGCACCAACUCACAAAAGAGCCAAAAAAGCACCACAACAUCGACCACGUUCAACAAACGAUCCAGCAGCUUGGGACUGCAAUCCGUCCUUGCAACCGAGAAUAACAAACCGGCAGCGGAGGAAUCCCUACUGCUUGAACUUGUCAAUGCAAAAACGGCAGAAGCAGUCGCACGCCAAGAACUUGAAGAAGUCAAAGGCAAACUGGACUCGAUGCGGAAGGUCAUGGCACGGAACGGGAUCAUACCUGAGGGUCGACAUUCGUUCCUGGGCAGGCCACCGUCUAUUGCGAAGGCGCCGACGGAGCCAGCACCGAAUGGGGGCGGACUGUUUAGUGGAUGGGGAAGACGUGCUGUAUCAACCAGCAAUGAGUCUUACGAGGGACGAUAG